CUGUUAGUCUCUGCACAGGCACUGAGGGGCAUUUCUCCAUACCCUCGACUCCGCCUUGGGGUUCAGCAGCUGCGUUGCCGACAUAUCUGCAGAAAAAAGAAACAAGAAGCAGAUAUAUCCAGGAGAAGGUUACAGAACAAAGAGAACGAGAAUAGAUAGAAAAGGGCUCGCUGCUGCGAAAGUGUAGCCGCACACCCCGUAGUGGUAGCCGUCGAAUGCGGUGAGCGCGUGGUUUUGGCAAAAAGCCCACAUUCGGGAAUCUUACUAGCGCCGGGUGUGAAAAAAAAAGAGCUCCGACGAUUCGACUCUGCAAAUCUACCCUCGAGGCACUUUUGUCAAUUCCCACGCCGGCCGACAGCAGGUCUACAGCCUCAGAGUUCUGCGAAAGUUAAAGGGGGAUCCGAUUAAACACUUCUGAUCGUGCUAUAUAUUUUAGUACUGCAGGCUUUUACCCACUUUCGCAAUGGCCGACUUCAUUCUUUUCGAGGGCCCUAUGGGUUACUCGCUUUUCAAGGUCGCCCACAAGGGUGAUUCCGUGGGACAUAACCUGAAGGAGGUUCAGGAAGGUGUCGAUGACCUGGCUUCGUUUGGCAAGAUGGUCCAACUUUCCAGUUUCUUGCCCUUUGAGAACAACAAGCAGGCUUUGAGCGAAAUCAACGAUAUUUCAGAGGGUGUCGCUUCUGAAACGCUUGUCUCUUUCCUUGAAAUGAAUCUUCCCAAGCCGAGCAAAAAGAAGAAGGUUGUUCUGGGACUCGCGGAUAAAAACUUGGCCACCAGCAUCAAGUCAGCAUUCUCUUUCGUCGACUGCGAAACCGGUGAUACCAGCGAGGUUGUCCAGGAUAUGCUCCGCGGCGUUAGACUCCAUGCUAGCAAAUUGCUGAAGCAACUGCGAGAGGGCGAUAUGGACACUGCUCAGCUCGGUCUUGGUCACGCCUACUCUCGCGCUAAGGUUAAGUUCUCUGUUCAGCGCGACGACAACCACAUCAUCCAGGCCAUUGCUAUCCUUGACCAGCUCGACAAGGCUGUCAACACUUUCUCCAUGAGGGUGCGAGAAUGGUACUCUUGGCACUUCCCGGAACUCAUCAAGAUCGUGUCAGACAACCAACGAUACGCUCAGCUUGCCCUUUUCAUCAAGGACAAGAAGAGUCUGACCGACGAGAGCCUGCAUGACGUUGCCGCCCUGGUGGAAGAUGACGAGGGUGUUGCCCAGAGCAUCAUCGACGCCGCUAAGCGCAGUAUGGGUCAGGAUAUCUCAGAAUCCGACAUGGAGAACGUUGUCUCCUUCGCGCAACGAGUCGUCAGCCUUUCCAAAUACCGCAAGUCUCUCCACUCCUACCUGGUUUCCAAGAUGAAUGUGGUCGCUCCCAACCUUGCUGCUCUGAUUGGAGAUAUCGUUGGUGCUCGCCUUAUCUCUCACGCUGGAAGCUUGACCAACCUGUCCAAGUACCCCGCUUCCACAGUCCAGAUUUUGGGUGCUGAGAAGGCUCUUUUCAGAGCCUUGAAGACCAAGGGAAACACUCCCAAAUACGGUCUUUUGUACCACUCUUCCUUCAUUGGCAGGGCUGGUCCCAAGAACAAGGGCCGCAUUUCCCGUUUCCUGGCCAACAAGUGUUCCAUCGCCUCUCGAAUUGACAACUUCAGUGAGGAGCCCACAACAAAAUACGGCGAUGCUCUCAAAAAGCAGGUUGAGGAGCGCCUUGAAUUCUACGCGUCCGGUGCCCCACCGACUAAGAACGAAGUCGCUAUGAAAAACGCUAUGGACUCUGUCUUGGCUGGUAUGGACGUUGAUGGCGACGACAGCGAUGCCGAGAUGAAGGAUGUCGACGAGAAGAAGGAAAAGAAGGAGAAGAAGGAAAAGAAAAAGGAGAAGAAGGACAAGGGCGAGAAGGAAGAAAAGAAGAAGAAGCGCAAGUCCGACGCCGGCGAGUCGGAAAAGAAGAAGCGGAAGCACGACACCGAUGCAGAGCCUUCCAAGAAGAAGAAGAAGGUCUAAAGACACUAUUUCUUGGGACAGGAGGGCGUCUUAUCCCGGCGUUGUAGGGUUGCUUUAUUCUUUUUUCUUUGGUUUUCCCAUUGUCUGUUUCAGUUUGUUCCUACAUGAUCUGAUGGGCUUUAUAUUUCUGUAAAUUAUGCGAUUUAGGCCAACGCCUUCCAAAACUUGGGUUUCAGCUACAGAAUAUUACCUUUGAAUCUUCUAUUUUUGUCC